AUGUCAGGCAACGAAUGGGAGUGGCCCUCCACCGCAGGGGCCACCCGUCCCCCACUGCAGCCCCUGCCACUCCACAUCCCUACUGCCCUGCCGUCCAAUAGCCCCAGCCUGGGGCCCUUGGUGCCAGUGGUGCUGCCUGCAUCGUUCAACACGCUUCAUUACAGUCACAUCAACACCCACUUCAACCGUCAUGCUCCCAGUACCAGAAGUGCCGGCAGCGUCUCCAGCACCAGUAGCGCCUCCAGCGCCUCCAGCACCCCAUCCUCCUCCACCUCACACACAUCCGGCCCCCGUCAGGUGCCGUCGUCGAUGGACUCGUACGAGAACGAGUUCUUCAGCAGGCUACUUGGGUCGAUUUCCCUCAACUCAGACUCCGUGCUCUUGAUGCACACCACAUUUGCGUUGAUGGCAUACUUCAUGCGCUCCAACUCGUUCAAACUGUUUGCGUCCUUCGCCACCACCCCCGACACCGUGGCGCUGGCGCAGCGGUUGCGGCGUCGACUCAUCCGACUUUCGUCCAAGUACUACGGCUUGGCCAUCCACCAGUUGCGGGUGAUGAUCAGCACCCGCCACUUCAACGUGGCCACCGCGGUGGUGGUGUCAUCGUUGUUGAACAAAGUGUCGAUCUACGAGUACUCCGACCUCCACCACUCGGUGACGUUUUCCCGAGGCAUGGUUAGCAUCUUCAAUGAGGUGCUCGUCAAUUCCGACCACUGGCACCGUGCCGAAGACUCCAUACAGCGCCAGCAGUCACUGCAGGACAUGGAGUGGAUUACCAACUACAUUGUGCAUGCGUCCAAGGCCAAGCACUUCCCCGAAUACGACCCUGCAGUGGUGGAAGAGUAUGCCGGGGUGUUGCAUGCAUUCGGCGCCAUUUUGCUGCAGUUGCACCAGUCGCACCAGGCGCUGGCGUUGGGCAGCCGUUUCCAGGUGCUAGUGUUCCACUUCAACCAUCUCCACAACUACACCACCCAGUUGCAGGAACUCCUCGCCGAAAACGACAUCACCAGUAUCAACCACGACCCCCAUAAACUCUACAAGCUCCUCCGCCACUGGCUCAUCAUAAUGCCCUGCCGCGUGCACAACAUCGAGCACAUGGCCACCAACCCGCUCCACAUGACGCUCAUGGCGCUCUACAAAUGCCUCUCACGCUUGCUCCAGAACCUCUUUCCGGCCGUGCUUUUCCACUUUCUCCAGGGGUUCUGCGGCGGGGUGUCGCUCUGGACCGACUCCCGCUACGCACUCCAGUUCGUCAGCAGGUUCUUCGCCAACUUGGAGGUGGCGCUCCAGCUGCAGCAGGCAGAGCUGGCAGCAGACAGUACGCACCACGCACCCUUCGCAUUCUCCGACGACCAAAUCGCCCUGAUCUACAGCAUCAACCGCUACUGUCUCCGGGUGGACCUCUUCUUCCAGAAGCGCAGCAAUGUGUUGGCUCUCCUCUUUGGCGACCAGCGCAUCACCCCCGAAAUACCCCCGGAAACCAUCAAGUCCAACCUUAACGAAGUCAUGAUCCAAAAAUUCAAUUCUACCAAUAUCCACAUGUAUAAUUUCAUUCAUUUACCACAGGUGCUCAAAUUGCACAAAUCUGCGGCCUCCAUCAACAACUUGCAUAAGCAUGCCGAUGGCAUCUACUACUACAACAAGCAUCACUACCAGUACUUCCUCUGCAAGGAUUCCGACAAAGUACCCCCGGAUCUCGUGGAAACCGGCCGCGCAGACCCUUUGCUCCGCAUGCAUAUCUUCAACACCACCAACUUUGAGAUUGAAGACAAAUCCUCAAAGCCCUCCAACGAGCCCAUCGUCACAUACAAAUACUUCUUCGAGGGCAAAUUCCUCAAGGGCGUGCUUGCAGCCUUGGAGCAGUCAUACCAGGAGCUUUUUGACGGCAAGCACGAGAACGAGCCGGUGCUCUUUGCGCCGCAUAAAAUUAGCGGCUUAUUGGCGAAUGACACCGAUCCGUUGCUCUUGGCGAAUGAUGCAGACAUGGCAUUGUUCUACAGCAGAAAGCCCCCCGAUUUGAAUGCGAACCACGAGUCGUCCAAGGCCAUUCUCAACUUCUACAAUGCGCGCAACGACAUGGUCAGCCAGGAGCUUGACAGGCGCAGAAGACGUAGUGCCAGCAAGUCUGGGCGUCGUGCCGGCCGCGCCGAGGAAGGUGCCGACACCGAAUUCGAUAACUUUUACGACGACUUGAACCAGUCGUAUUUCGAAUUACAGUGA